AUGCCGAGAAAAAGAGUAAAAUUAAAUUUAAAUAGGGAAAUUGUAUUUAAAGUUGAUGGUAAGCAAUUGAGUCAAUCUAGUGCAAUCCUUCAAUAUCUGGCUAAUAAAUUUGGUUUGGCUGGAAAAGAUGAAUGGGAAAAGGCUAAAGUAAUUGAGAUUUUUAAUUUCUAUAAAGAUGUUUAUAACGAAUUAUCACCUUACACUUUAACAAAAUUAGGCUAUCGUGAAGGCGAUGCGGAUAAUCUGAAAAAGACUGUAUUUUUGCCUGGGACUGAAAGACUUUACCCAAUCUUCGUCAAACUUCUGGCCCAAUCUGGUUCAGGAUUCUUUGUAUCAUCUGGUUUAACAUAUGUUGACUUAGUAUUGGCCGAAUAUUUUGAUUUGACACGCAAAUUAGAGCCUGAAGUAGUCGGAAAAUAUAAGGAACUGAAUGAUUUUAUUGAUAAAGUAUAUGCUGUACCGAAACUGAAGGCUUAUUUGGGCACUAGGAAAGACUAA